AUGGACGCAUUGAACGCUAAAGAACAACAAGAGUUCCAGAAACUCGUUGAACAAAAACAAAUGAAAGACUUCAUGCGUCUUUACUCCGAUUUGGUUAGCAAAUGUUUUACAGACUGUGUCAAUGAUUUUACAUCUAACAAGUUGACUUCUAAGGAGGAAGGCUGCAUCAACAAGUGUGCAGAAAAGUUCCUCAAGCACAGUGAGAGAGUUGGUCAACGUUUCCAAGAACAAAACCAACUUAUGAUGCAACAGCUAAGACGUUAA